AACGCCGAACGCCAUCCUCAAGUCAGAGACAGACACCAAGACUUUAACUGUACACACAGGAUCUGACCACAGAUCAAACCCAGAGAGACUCGGGUUGGGGAGACUGGGCUGUCAUCCUGCUCCCAGCUCAGAGUAUUUACCGGUAUUUCACCAGAGGACGGUUCAUUCCUGUGGGGAUGGUGAUGGUGACGCGUUUGACACUGGCGGUGAUGAUCCAUCUUGUUCUUACGCUACAGAGAUGGACCCUGUCAACAUAUCCUUGGGUUUAGAGACACAGACUGAUCUGUCUAGAGGGGACUGGAACCGGUACAGUAGUAGUGUAUACUCUGAAGGGUGCCUAGAUACGAAAGGGGAGGGUCUGAUUGUAGAUGAAGUGACUGUGAAAGUGGAGGGCGACGUUCCUCCCACAUGGAAUGCAGAUAGUCACCUAGGGGACGGAAACUCACAGGGCAGAGAUUUAUUUGAUUACAGGGGAAGCUUAGAGACAAAUCUAAAUGUUGCCACCCACUCCCUUUUACACACGUUCAAGGAUCGCGACCCAGACUCCACUUCGAUGGAGCCUUCCGAUUCACACAGCCUUGUCCUUUUCGAUCAGGUAUUGAACUCAAACGACACGACUAGAGCCCAGGCUCAUGGAGGGGGAGCCACAUUAGGCAAUAGUAAAGAGAAACGGUUCCUCUGCAUGUUCUGUAACAAAGGCUUCAGCUGCCCCCAGAAGGUGGAGAUCCACCGGAGGGUCCACACAGGGGAGAAACCAUUCAGCUGUCCCCAGUGUCACAUGCGCUUCGCCCAGGCCUGCAGCCUGAAGAGGCACCAGAGGGUCCACACAGGGGAGAAACCCUACAGCUGCCCCCAGUGUGAGAAGAGGUUUUCUCGCCAGCACCAGCUGAAGACGCACCUGAAGGUCCACACGGGAGAAAGGCCGUUUGCCUGUACGCACUGCGGGAAGAGGUUCUCCGAGAGGAGCUACCUCAGGAUACACCAGCAGAAAAAACAUUCCAGCCUAUAACAUGGAAAGUAACCAUUCCACUCGAUAGCUUCUGAUGUUUAGAUGAAACCCUGCAUUAAAGACAAAGAUUAAUUUAUUGUUGUCAGCAGAAAAGGCCCAGAGAUGCAUUUGGAAUAACGAGAGUUACAGAUUUCAGUGUUGAAUAUUCCUGAGUAGAAUAUUACAUCCAAACAUGGUGUGAUAUGUAAGGCAUAUACAGUGCCUUUGGAAAGUAUUCAGACCCCUUGACUUUUUCCACAUUUUGUUUCAUUAC